CCUGAAAAGAAGCCUGAAGACAAGUCCGAAGACAAGCCGGAGGACAAGCCUGAAAACAAGCCAGAAAACAAGCCCGAAGACAAGCCCGAAGACAAGCCUGAAGACAAGCCUGAAGACAAGCCUGAAGACAAGCCUGAAGGGAAGCCUAAAGACAAGUCUGAAGACAAGUCUGAAGACAAGUCUGAAGACAAGUCUGAAGACAAGUCUGAAGACAAGCCUGAAGACAAGCCGGAGGACAAGCUUGAAAACAUGCCCGAAGACAAGCCUGGAGACAAGCAUGAAGACAAGACUGAACACAAGCCAGAAGACAAGCCCGGAGACAAGCCCGGAGAUAAGCCCGAAGACAGGCCGGAAGACAGACCGGAAGACAAGCCGGAAAACUAGCCUGAAAAGAAGCUUGACGACAAGUCGGAAGACAAGCCCGAAGACAAUGCGGAUGAAAAGCCUGAGGACAACCCCGAAGACAAGCCCGAAGACAAGACGGAAGACAGGCCGGAAGACAAGCCCGAAGACAAGCUCGAAGACAAGCCUAAA